CUCGCUUUGUCUUAGGCAGGUAAGUAAGGUAGGUACUGUACUCUUACUCACCCACUCACGAUUCACUCAAGUCAUUUGGUGGUCCAUUGCUCAACAGAGGCGGAUCCAAGUCCCCAGCCCACUCACUCACUCCUCACUCCUCACUGCUCACUCACCUCAGUCAGCCAAAAGGUAAAGUAUCGUCUUGCUUCUAAAGUACCGCCCUCCCCCACGUCAUUCCCGUUCCGCGUCCUCCUCGACUCUCCUCCUCUUCCUUCUUCCAUCUCUCUCAUUGAUACCCCCCUCCUCUUCAGCUUCAGCUUCACCUCACACACACAACACAGACUCACCGCAUCUCACCCAUCUCCUCCACACAGCUGUUCUUACUGAGACCCGAGCUCGUCCCAGAUUGCGAUCUUCCCCCAUCAACACAAGAGCCUAGCAACACCCCGACCCUCCUCCCCGACCGCCCAAGAUGCCUCAAGCUUCCAGCCUCCCCGCCUGGGCCGAGCUCCAGGCUCACCGCGACAACGUCGGCAAGAACUUCGUCCUCAAGGAGGCCUUUGCCAACGACACGGACCGCUUCGCCAAGUUCUCCCGUACCUUCAAGAACGCCGCCUCGGGCACCGACAUCCUCUUCGACUUCUCAAAGAACUUCCUGACCGAUGAGACCCUCGACCUGCUCGUCAAGCUCGCCGAGCAGGCCGGCCUCGAGAAGAAGCGCGACGCCAUGUUCGCCGGCGAAAAGAUCAACUUCACCGAGCAGCGCGCCGUCUUCCACACCGCCCUCCGCAACGUCGGCGACUGGGAGAUGAAGGUUGACGGUGUCGACGUCAUGUCCAACAAGGGCGGCGUCCGCGACGUCCUUGAGCACAUGAAGGAGUUCUCCGAGCAGGUCCGCUCCGGCGAGUGGAAGGGCUACACCGGCAAGAAGCUGACCACCAUUGUCAACGUCGGCAUCGGAGGUUCCGACCUCGGCCCCGUCAUGGUCACCGAGGCCCUCAAGCACUACGGUGCCAAGGACCAGACCCUGCACUUCGUCUCCAACAUUGACGGCACCCACAUGGCCGAGGCCCUCGCCAACUCGGACCCCGAGACCACCCUCUUCCUCAUUGCCUCCAAGACCUUCACCACUGCCGAGACCACCACCAACGCCAACACGGCCAAGUCGUGGUUCCUCGAGAAGACGGACGGCAAGGGCGACAUCGCCAAGCACUUCGUCGCCCUGUCCACCAACGAGGAGGAGGUCACAAAGUUCGGCAUCGACGCCAAGAACAUGUUCGGCUUCGAGAGCUGGGUCGGCGGCCGCUAUUCCGUCUGGAGCGCCAUCGGCCUCAGCGUCGCCAUCUACGUCGGCUACGACAACUUCCACAAGUUCCUCGCCGGCGCCCACGAGAUGGACAAGCACUUCCGCGAGACCCCGCUCAAGGAGAACAUCCCCGUCCUCGGCGGUCUCCUCAGCGUCUGGUACUCGGACUUUUUCCAGGCUCAGACUCACCUCGUCGCUCCCUUCGACCAGUACCUCCACCGCUUCCCCGCCUACCUGCAGCAGCUGUCCAUGGAGUCCAACGGCAAGACCAUCACCUCGGACGGAACCCCCGCGAAGUACACCACCGGCCCCAUCCUCUUCGGCGAGCCCUGCACCAACGCCCAGCACUCCUUCUUCCAGCUCGUCCACCAGGGCACCAAGCUCAUCCCUGCCGACUUCAUCCUUGCCGCCAAGAGCCACAACCCCAUUGGCGACGGCGUCCACCAGAAGAUGCUGGCCUCCAACUACUUUGCCCAGGCUGAGGCUCUGAUGGUCGGCAAGACGGCCGAGCAGGUCCGCGCCGAGGGUGCCCCCGAGGAGCUCGUCCCCCACAAGAUCUUCCUGGGCAACCGCCCUACCACCAGCAUCCUGGUCGGCGGUCACAUCGGCCCCGCCGAGCUUGGCGCCCUGAUCGUCUACUACGAGCACCUUACCUUCACCGAGGCCGCCGUCUGGGACAUCAACGCCUUCGACCAGUGGGGUGUCGAGCUGGGCAAGGUUCUUGCCAAGAAGAUUCUCAAGGAGCUCGAUGAGGCCGGCAACGGCGAGGGCCACGACGUCUCCACUGGCGGCUUGAUCGGUGCCUUCAAGAAGUACUCCAACUUGUAAUGACUAAUGUGCGCUGCGUUGUUCUUUUUGGUAGUUCAAAAAUUGGAAAGAGAGGGUUAGGGUGUUACGACACACCCAUAUUGCAAUGAAGCCAGCGGUCGAGA